AUGUUUCGUGCUACGUCUCGUCUGCUCGAGUGCCAAGUCACCUUCUUCACUCGAAGCACCUGUGGCCUGUGUGACACUGCAAAAGCUGUGGUGCAGAACGUAAACAAGACAAGACCCCUGCAGUAUCAGGAGAUCAAUGUCAUGGAACCGGGUCAGGAGAAAUGGAAAGAAGUAUAUGAGUUUGACACUCCGGUGGUCCACAUCGACAAAGCCAGUGCGUCUGAGACGACAACCUCCUCACUGAAGCUCAUGCAUCGCUUCAAGGAAGAAGAAGUAACAAAGUUGAUGGACGAGGCAGAACGAUCGUAG